UUAAUAGGUAGUUUGUGUACUUUUUGAUGUGGCAAGAAGGGUAAAUACGUCAUUGUAGUUCUUCCAUUGAACAAAACCCUAUCUAUAUAUUUUCCAACAAAACCCCUGUUCUUGUUUCGCCACCGCCGUAACCGUCCGCGGCAGCAGCAAUGGCUUCAGAAAGAAAACAAGCAAACCCAAUGAGAGAGAUCAAGGUUCAGAAACUCGUCCUUAACAUCUCCGUUGGUGAGAGCGGCGAUCGUCUCACUCGAGCUGCCAAGGUUUUGGAGCAAUUGAGUGGCCAAUCUCCUGUGUUUUCAAAGGCUAGGUACACCGUGAGAUCAUUUGGCAUCAGGCGUAACGAGAAAAUUGCUUGCUACGUAACCGUUAGGGGCGACAAAGCAAUGCAACUUCUGGAAAGCGGGUUGAAGGUCAAAGAAUACGAGUUGUUGAGACGCAACUUUAGUGACACAGGCUGCUUUGGAUUUGGUAUCCAGGAACAUAUUGAUUUGGGUAUCAAAUAUGAUCCUUCUACUGGUAUCUAUGGUAUGGACUUUUUCGUGGUUUUGGAACGCCCUGGUUACCGCGUGGGUCGUAGACGCAGGUGCAAGGCGCGUGUUGGGAUUCAACAUAGAGUUACAAAGGAAGAUGCAAUGAAGUGGUUUCAGGUGAAAUAUGAGGGAGUAAUUCUCAACAAAUCCCAACAAAUUGGAGCUUAAAAGUAGUUUUUGAUUAGCUGAGGUGACUUAAGUUUGUGCCGAUUGUGAGUGUGUGUUUGGGAUAUUAUUUCUAUAUCUUUGUCUUUUGUGCGUGUCGAAUCAUAUUAGCAAUGAAAAUUUAUGCAAAUUUAUCAGUUUAUGAAGA